AUAAUUUCGUAUUUUUUAGGAAGUAUAAUGAUAUGCAGCAAGUCAAAACAUGGUUAACCUAAAGGGAAAAUGUUAGAAUCAUAUAUUGCACCCCUUUUUAUGGGAUAUGUGGACAAAUAUAUCAAAAAUUUGAAACCAUCUGACCUUAGCUUAUCACUGUGGGGUGGUGAUGCUGUUCUACAAAAUCUGGAGCUGAAUCUUGAUGUUCUGCAACAAGAGUUGAACCUGCCAGUUAAAUUUUUAAGUGGAAAAAUUUACAAGCUUCAAAUUCAUGUCCCAUGGACAAGGCUGACAUAUGAUCCAGUAGUUAUAACCGUUGAUACUGUUGAGUUUGUUGUAAAACUUAAAGAUGCAUCUGAUGAAGUAGGAAAAGCAGAAGAUAAUAAACCAAGCAAAGAUCUUGAAAAUGAAAUACAGUCUGCCAAAUCACAUGAGACGGAACAAUUACCUCCUGGAUAUGUUCAAAGCAUACUAAACAAAGUGAUAAAUAAUGUAGCUUUUAAAAUUAACAAUGUUAUUAUUAAGUAUGUAGAGGAUGAUAUUGUGUUUUCAUUGAAUGUAAAAUCUGUCGAUUUUCAUAGUUCGGAUGAGAAUUGGGAAGAGGCUUUUAUAGAUUUAACUCUUCCUGAACUGUUUUUGAGAAAAGUCUGUGAUAUCACAGACCUAACGAUUUGCCUAGACCAACAGAGUUCAAGUGGGAGAAUUGAGUUAUAUCAAGAUCCUGUGUUGUAUAAAUGCAAUCUUUCAUGUCGUAUUUUGUCGAGGUACAAAGGGUUAAGCAGUUCUAAACCCUAUAAUAACACAGUGAAUAUAUACUGUGAAAGUGCUGAUUUCUCCCUGACAGAUCUUCAAAUACCUAUGGUGAUAAGGUUAUUAAAGUUAGCAAUAGGUUUGUUUUAUGGUACAUUGGACCUGCCAGGGUGUGAUAUCAAGCGGCAUACUGCACCUGAUAUAAUUGAAAACCACAAGAAAGAAAAAUCUAGACUUUCAACAACCCUGGUUGAUGAUUCUACUCAAGCUGACACAAGUUGGUCUUCAUGGGCAUGGUCAAUGGUGCCUGGGUAUGGAGAUGCUGAGAAUAAAAGUGAUAUAAACAAAAAAGAAGAUACAAGGACAAAUUUUGGGAUUUAUGUGACACAAACUACCGUAACUUUUAAGACAACAAGUCGUCCAGCUGAGUAUGUUAUUUCUACUCAACGUUUGGAGUUUUCUCCUGUGUUUUGUUUGGAAUUCUCUGGUUGUGUGAUGGAAUUUGUUUCAAUUGGUGAUACUCUGAUUGACGUUAAUAUGGGUGUACAACAUUUGCUUGGCUACACUAUUGGUAAGCAAUGUGUAUGUGCAGUUACUGAAGUUAAUCUCUCCAAUGAAGAUUCAGCUGAUGAAGACAUGCAGUUCGAGGAUACUGUUUUCAUCAAGGUUGGGUUAAAGAACAAUGACAAACAACCCUUACACUAUUUGAGGCAAUCUCUUUUCGCAACCUAUCUUAAUGAAAUAACAAAUGAAUCACUUGAUCCAAUUAAAAAUAUAGAGAAACCUUUGGGAACAUCUGAGGAAAUUGAAUUACCCGGUCUGGAGAACCAAGCAGUUCCAGUAGCUAGUAACUUAGAAUCCAUAGGUAUACCUAAAAGCUAUAGACCAGGUGUUGUUUUGUCAACUGACGAAGUCAUUAACAGAUACGGUGCUAUAUUUAUCAACUACUAUUAUAAAAUGUCAUAUCCAGAAAUUUUAUCAGGAGAAAUUGAAAAUAUAUUUUUAUAUCCUGAGGCUGAUGAAAUUGUUCCUGAAACAUCUGAAAAACGAAUUCAUCUAGCAGCCGCCCAGUUGUUUGUCACCACUAAAUUUGUUCACGCUUUGCAAUGGUUACACAAAGCUGUAAAUGUGACUAUUCCAAAUCGGAAAGAAAAAAGUGGGAUAUUUCUGGAUCCAUUCGUUCUACAGCAAUUGUCGUUGGGAAACCUUUUGUCAAGAAAAUUAACAGUUACUUGUAGUGAUUCCGAAAUGUAUAUCCUGACAAAUGAUCACGAAAAACAGAAGUGCACACAUAGUAGUUAUCUAGAAGAAAAAGAAGCACUGGUCAUGCAAUUAGGCAAAUUUACCAUGACAAAAGUUGAUCCUAUGUAUCCAACAGAGUUGAUAUCAAUGGUAGAAAAAGGAAAACUAGUGAAGCUGAAUAAAAUGAAUAACUUAAAUUCGUCAAUUAAUUUGCAGGUUGAAGAUUUUCAAUUGGGACUUAGUUUAAUCAAUCAGGAGACAUUGAGUGCUUUUACUUUAUUUGUUAUACAACCAACCUCUGCAACACUUUGUGUAACCAUAUCAUUGCUUCCUGAAUCAUUAAAAAACUCUCAGUCGUCACCAGUAAUCAAUACAAAUUAUGAACUGCAAUGUGAAUUGUUGUCACUAUCAUUCACCAAGGUACACGUGAUGCUGUUGUAUGAAAUAAUCAACUCUUGGAUUUCUACAUCAAUGAUUAAAACAUUUCCAGCACUGGUAAACACUACUUUUCACCCAUCAGGAUCAAAAUCAAAAUCUGCACCCCUGAUGGACAUUCAUGUGAAAGGAUUAAAUUGUAGAUUUCUUGACAUGAAUAGUAUCCAGGGAAUUUCUGGUUCUCUUGAAAGUGCGAAGGCUACAUUGCAGUCAAUAGGCAACGAUGGAAAUGUCAAGACAUCCUUAUUAUAUAAUGCACCAAGCAAAACCACUCAUUUAUCAGACGUAAACAAUUGGUUAUCCAAGUCUCCUGAAAAUGCCAAAUGCAGUUUUGUCAAAUUUACAGUCCAAUAUCAAAAGGGGAAAACAGAAAUAUCAGAUAUGCCUGUCCAGGUUGCUUCGUUCAACAUUGCUGGUUCAACAACUAACCUAGAUGAACUCUUUUUUUCCUGGCUAAACCAUGAGGUUGAUUAUCAAGCUAGGAGAAGGAUUCAAUCAGUUCGUCGUCAAGGUAGUAGUUUAAAUCAGUCAAUGUCGUUGACUACACCUAGAAAGAGCAAGUCUUAUGCAAGAGUCUUUGGAUCAAACACAUCACCAUCCCACCAUUCAAAGGACAAAGAGAAGUUGGAAAAAGAUAUAGCUGCCUUUAAUGAAAAAGAAGGUGAAAAGCAAGAACGAUUCGGGGAAUGGUUGGCACGAAAAAUAAGCUUCUUUAAAUCGUUUAAUUUACAAGUAAAUGUGGAACCUUUCGUUUUGAUAUUUCCUGAAAAGCAAUGGCCUAAGGGUUAUAACAUAGAUGACCACAUUGAUAUGCUUCGAUCAGUAUAUUUAUUUCAAAAUGAAAUUUUCCCGCCUUCAUUAGUAUUGUGCUUACCGAAGAUAUCUGUGAAGAGUUCCAACCAAAAUGAAAGAAUUUUGGAACAAGAUAUACCAAUAUUAUCUACCCAAAAACGUAGAAAAAUCGAAACUCUACCAUGGACAAUUACCAGUGAAAACCUGUCCUUGUAUACACUUUUUCCCAAAAUGGAUCAACUGAGUGUCGAUGAAAAGGUUGAAUGGACCUAUCUAUGUAAACCAGUUUCAUGGAAUGUAUUCCUUGCAUCUGCUAAUCCUUCAAGACUUUUAUCAAGAACCGCGUCCAACUUAGGUAUAAUAACUGAGAAACAUGGUAAUAAGCACCAAAGUGAGCAAACGAAUGUUAUACAUAUCCCACUAGUUCAAGAUAAACAAAGAGGUGGAGAAUAUAAAUUAAUCAACAUUGGUUAUGUACUGCACAUGGACUGGUCUAUUUGUGAAUUUUCCCUCUCUCACAAGCAGCUUAAAUUAUUUUCCACCAUUGCCUACAAACUGUACAAUCUUUCGAAAGCACUAACAUUUAAAAGUAACGAAGCUGAUCUGUCAACUACCUUCCCAGUUAAACCAUCAAAUAAUACAGCUAGAGAUGCCUCAAAACAAAUAGACGCUCAUUCUGUAUCAUCAGCCUCAACAGUUGAUCAAGUAGAUGCAUUCAGUACAUUGACUGGUUCAACAAGUAUGUUUCCUAAGCCCAAGACCACCCGACCACAUAUUAACAUAUCACUGUGGAUUCAGUGCACCAUGCCGAAAGUGAAAUGUGCGAUAAUAAGCGAAGAGAAACGCUGUGGUUACUUGUACCAAGUGAUAUCAGAAAUUGAAGAAAUAAUGUUUGCAUUUGAUUAUCAAGAUAAUGUGCUGGAAUUAACCAAUAAGAUUGGUUCUUGUGUUGUAUAUUAUUCAUUACUUCGGUUUGACACUGAGCCAAAAGGCUGGAUUGCAAUCAACAAUGGCUAUUUGCUGUGUCAAAAAGAAAAAUUCCAUGAAUCAUCUCAUCUUGAAUCAAAGACUCUCUUUUCAGUGGUGUACAAACGAACACAUCAAUUGUCUCAAAGCAUUGCAUCACCUGAGCAGACAGUUUCUGAACUUCAAAGGAAAAGUUCGGAAAAAGACACUGCGAUAUCGUUACCAAGUACUACUAUUCAAGUCCAUGAUGACUACAUAGUAAAACACGAAUUAAUUAUUUACAUGUUGUCGUUUGAUGUUAUUGGUGACUCCAAACCCAUCUUAUCCAGUGUUGGAUUAUUUACAGAUAUGCUAUCAACAAGGGAAAGUAAAUAUGACAAUGCGACAGUAUUGCCAUCCAAACCAGUCGCAAAGGAUGUAACAAGUACUGUUGUUACUCUACCAUUGAUAACAAUUCAUUGCGACCGCGUACGAGUGAUAAUACCUGUUGGUGAAAAUGGUAAGGCUAUAUUGCCAGGUGAUAACAAUUCAGCAGAGUCAGUGUUUGUAUGUCAUUUCCAAUCUAUUGAUCUAACUCCAUCACCUACCAACCCAAUCACUAAGACUGUUACAGACAAAUCUUUAUAUCGGCUUGCAAAAAACAAUUUCCGGGAUUCAUUGAAGAAGUUGAAGUUAUGGAAUGUGCAGUACCAACUAGAUAUUGUCAACAUUGGACUUUGUACUACGAAUUGGCAGUCUCUUGAGAAUAGUUUACCUAGUAGGCGUGAACAAGUUCAAAAUCCUGCAUUGGAAUGGAAUUCUCAAUCUUGGCAUAAUCAACAAUCAGUCUCUCCUAUAUUUCCUGGUUUUGAUUUCAAAGCUACCCUAGCUCCACCUAUUAUGAUCAUGAAUUCCAACCAAGCAUACCCUGUUACAGCAGCUGCCUUUGAAUUUCACUCUCCAAGAGAAGUGAAAUCAUGUAUUAAUUCUAACCAGAUUGCAUUGGCCCUUCAAGUCAUGCAUGAUGUAAAUACCCUUGUUUCUGAUGUCGGUACGUUAUUUAAAGCAUCUCAGCAAGACUUUUCUGUGACAGAUCCUUUCUAUGAGAAUGAAGACAGCGGUGUUGCAGUAGGUAAAACUCCAAAGAAAAGCUCUGCUACUCAGUUUGUAAUGCCUGCGGUAGAAAUGUUUGCAUCAGUGUCCAGUAUAUCCCUCACGCUGUACUAUAAAGAAUUUUCUGCAACAUUAAAACCGACAAUCUAUCCUGCUGUGCUUGUAAACCUAAUGCAACCUACAUGUACAAUAACCUCUUUCAAAGAAAACAGUUUGCAGCUAAGCAUAUAUGAUAUCUCCAUCCUAUCUACAUCAAGUAAUUGUAGUAUUUCUGGUAAUGUUGUUCCAGUGGUCAGUGAUUUUGACACAAACAUACUUACAUGUGGCAAAGGUAAUAUCAACAAGAAAACAGGACUUAUUCCAGGUUUAUUAAGAUCAAGUUUAUCACUCAACGAUGUUUCAAAUCUUUUUGUUGACGUUGGCUUGGAAAGGUCUGUACAUGUAAAGAUGCAUGCUAAAUCAGUGAAAAAUAUUCAAUCAUUUAUAACACAUUUGCUGAAUACUAUCAAAAAAGAAAAUUUACCAGAGUGGAAUGAAGAUGAUACUAAUUCAAAACAUCAAGCCGAAAUGGAAUUCAAGGGACAACAAAAAGAAAUGCUUCGAUUACAAAGUGUAAAGUUAUCUAUGCAACAGUUUUUCUUGUCUGCUUCGCCUUCUUGUGGAGAUGAGAUCCUGUUUGCUAAUGUACAGUAUCAAAGACUAGAGAUUAAUUCCUGUUUCCAAUAUUCUAAAAGAUGUAACCAAUUAGAGAGCAUAAAAGUAGAAUCAAGCUUCAGGGCAUUUCAAAUCUUUUGUAGCCAAAGUACCAACCGUACAAAUAUUGUUCUGCCGUUUAAUUUUGAGCUCAAUGUCCUUGGUGAAAUGUGUCAACAUGCUGGAAACUUAACAGUUAACAGCUUUUAUCCACGUACUUAUGUAUGGUAUCACGGUGGGUUGACUAAAUUGAAUUUAUGUCAAAAUACUGUUGCUGUGAUGGAAACUUUAAAGAAUGAAAUUACUGAUCUUAUAACCCUUGAAGACAAGUCUGAUCUGUUAAGUGAACCUAAAGUUGUUGAUCAUGUUGUUUUGGAUAGUACAUUGAUAACAAGCGAGGAUGAUUUAAGAAAUGGACAGUUUGAUUAUGUUGUGCAAGAUUCCUCCUUUGGCGGUGUUAAAUUCCCUGAAGAAUAUCAAAUAGUGUUUACAAAGGAAAGCGACAGCUCACCUAUGAUGACAUGGAAGUACCCUGAACCAAGAAUGAUCAAGAACAUCCAUAUUUUUCCUGUGCCGUUCUGUGUUUCAAAUUCGACCCGUGAAAGUUGGAUAGAAGACACUGAAACUAUACCAUGUAUAUUAGAGUACUGGGAUGAGAUAAGUCAUGCUUUUAACCCAUGUGAAAGGAUGUUUCUUUCAGAAAAUGAGUCUGCUCAGGUUCUAAUAACAGAAGAUUUAUCAAAGGGAGUAUUGUCACACACAUGGCGGGUUGUUGUGGUUAUUCCUGAAGAAGUAAAAUGUCAUAAUGAUGCCAACAACAUGGAGAAAACUGCGGACAACAUUUCGCCAGUGCCAGCUACAUCACUAGCAGCUUGUAUGAAAAUAAAUUCCUGUCAUUCUCCUGCCCUGGUUCCAUCAUUGGAGUUGUGUUGCGCAGUUGAAGAAUUUAAUGUUAUUAUUGGUAAUAGCGUAGAAUCUCUCGGGAGCAAAUCUCCUUCAAACCUUUCACCAUACUAUAUCGAGGCAGAUCAAGCAUUCCCUGACAUGACUGAAGCCGUUAAUCUGGUGUUAAGCAGCGUUAAAUGUGAUGUGAAUUUCCUAAAUAACAUGAAUAUAGCUAUUGAUGUUUCAUCUAAAAUUAAAGCGGAUGUUAUGGAUUACAAUAAUUAUUGUUGGAUUAAUUUGUUAAAGCCUGCUGAAUUUUCAGUUAACAUCAACAGGCCGUUAAGAAACUACGAAGAGAGUCCUGUAACAUUAGACGUUAAUAUUGAAGAAAUGGAUAUGGUAGUAACACAAACAGGUGUGCACACUCUGUCGUUGACGUCUAACGCCUGGCUGAACAUGUUCAAUAAGGAGACAGAAGUUCCUUUGUUUAGUCACUAUGUUUUGUGUAAUGAAACUCAAGAUACAAUUCAUAUAAAACAGAUAAACACAGACGAAGACAUUGCUCUGCAUAGUGGUCAGUUAUAUCCAUAUAGCUGGUGCUCUCUUAAGCUGCCGAUGUUGCAUUUUUGCCUUGCGUCAGUAGGUGAUUGGAGAUGGUCUGAACCUAUUGAUAUUAAUGAGUUGGGUAUUUUUCCACGAAAAAUUGAUCAUAGCGGAUACUCUUCUCAACUUUUCGUGGAAGUGAAACGAAUUGGUGGUUUACAGAAACAGAUUAUUUUCCAUGGCUCCUGUUCUAUUGUAAACAAUUUAAACUUCGAUGUUUCUCUGGAAGUUGUCACACAAGAAACAGACCACUCACCUGCACUAAUUCAACAAAAUAUUCACAAUGUAUCUAAGCGCUUCACCUUGUUUGCUGGAGUAUCAAGACCAUCAUUGACAGUUUCUACGUCCUUCAUGAAAUCUAUUAAAGUCGUAAUGUGUGAAUUGGACGGUAGUGAUUGUGGCACAGGAAUUGAAAUGCCUUUCCUGCAAAAUAAUGAAGAAUCACAUCGCUGUAUACAGCUCAAAGAUGGCAAAAGAACAUUAAAAUGCUGGUUAAGUUUUUACUACAGUUCUCGAAUAUUGGGUCAUUUAGUGGUAACGUUAAGUCCUCUGUUUAUUUUUCGCAACCAUCUUGCUGAACCUGCACUUAUAAAAGUUGAAAACAGCCAAGAUAACAAAGAAGUACUUGAUACUCUAGUUAAUGGUAAAGGCAAAGAGAUACAGAUCUUCAAGUUGGAUGAAGACAAGUUAUAUAAUGUAUCCUUUUGUCUUAUUGGUACAAAAGAGAAAUCGAAACCGCCAUUCCAGUUAAGUACUAACCAAUCCAAAUUACUGAAGCAUGAAUCAAUAUCUUCCUUCUUGGGUGAAAACUUGUGGCCAUAUAUAGACGCUGGAAACGAGGUAGCGACGAUUUGUACCACAUCACAAAAAGUCCGCUACAAAACACAUGGUCCAAAUCAUGAUCUGAAUAUUGACGAUCUUACUAAGAAGAGUUGGCAAGAAGCAGAAUUGAUAUUACAAUCGUGUUUAAAAUGGUCACACCUUCCCACUAUUCUGGUUGAUCUAAAGCCCAGGAUUUUAAUCUGUAAUAAAACCAGUGAUGAUUUGCAGAUAAGAUCCUUGGAAACAGGAUAUGUUGAUGUUGUAGAGGGAGGAACCACUGCGUCAACACUUCAUGUUCAGAAAAGGUUCUUGCUUGGCAUGCAACUGGACGGUGUCUCAUACUGGUCACAGGCUGUGACAUUAGACACUGGAAGUUUAGAACCUGAAUCUCCGUCAUUGAAUGAAAACUUAAAGCCUGGCACAAGCACACAUUGUUCCAUAGUGAUAAAGAAAAGAAAAUUAUGCUAUCAAUUUUCAUUCAGUUGUGAGGAAAAUGAAGCAAUUGUAACUGUUUGCAUCAGAAACAGAUUUAUGGUGCACAACCUGUCGACAUCUUCUUUAAUAAUAGUACCACUCAUGGCUGAACACAUGACCAGUGCAAUGACUUUAGAUCAUGUGUCUGCGCUGAAGCUAGACCCUAUCACAACGCAACCCACAUCCUUGCUCAAUCUUGAAAAACCAGACAUCACCAAUGUAUCACCUUGUUUGGCCAUGAAUUUCAAAUUAAAUAACUCCAGUGAUGGACUGAAUCAGACUGCGGGGAAAAAUACUGUGAUCAUAAAUAACCACAUUGCAAGACGGAGUGAAUCGUUGAAUUUGUCUGAAGAGCAUCUUCGUGAAAGUUUCAACCUUGUUGAUGUAGACAAACAUUCGUUAUCUUUUGCACUGACGUCAUGUUUUGAAAAGGGUGUUGUACAUGUUUUCAUAAGUGAGGACACAACACCUGUCAUAAAAAUCAGCAAUUAUACGUCGCUUACUUUGGCACUUAAAGAAAUCGAAACGAAAAACGUAAAACUGAAGAAAAGGUUUGAUAUUUUGGUGCCAUCAAGUGAUGUAUCGCUUAUAAUGCAGCCAGAUUCGCAGACCAGCUACAAUCCUCGUUGUUUCACUAAUAUCUUUCCAAAGACGGAAAACGAAUUGAAAUUGAAUUGUCAACUUGGUUUGGUUGCAGAGAGUACUGUUGAACUGAGUAAACCAGUUUUGUUGGAAAAGGAGGUUAAUGCAAAACUAUUUAUUCCUGGGCAUGGAGAGGUAUGCAUAAAAACAUCUUUUCGGAACUCGCAGCUGAUUGUAGGAAUAAGUGAAGGUGAUGCACUAGCUCCGGUUUUGGUCACGAAACCUUUAUCUCUACCUGUAUUGGAAUUUUCUUUCAAUUUACUUAAUAUUGUUGUUGUUGAUUACCAGUAUACCGAUGAUAUUAAAUGUUUGCUUUCACUGUCUUUUGGUGGAAUGAAAGUCAUUCAUAAUAAGAGUCAACAAUAUUCAAUGUUUAAAGUAACUCUUGGUUAUUUUCAAAUUGACAACCAACUGCAAGAUAGCUGCUAUCAUUUUCCUGUCAUCUUUUUACCAAUGCGUCGUCUUUCUGAACGCUAUCACACUGUUACAAAAGAUGCACCAUUUCCUGAGGUGGAAGCGUGUUUGGAUGCUGCAUUCGGUACUUUAACAUUUGAAGUCAGUGACAGCGAUGUUGGCUCCGACAUUUGUAUUGAUAACAUACGCGUUAAUAUACAACCCUGUGAAAUGUAUCUAGAAGAUACAUUUGUUUACAGACUCGCUGCUGUUGUAGAUUCCUACAUACCACCUUCUUCUAAAUCUUCAGCAGUGAGUCUGGAUGACGUGACCAAGGUAGCUUUACCUGUGUUACAUCCUAUGCGUGCUUGCAAUGUUGAAGUGGGGGAACUAUCUUUGCUACUCAGUGUUCAUGCAUCAGUGAAGGUUUUUCUUUCUGCAGAUCACAUACCUCUUGUAUUGGGAAGAUAUAAAUGCCAAUCUACUCAAACAGUUCAAAAAGAAUUUGUCCGAAGCAUGUUGUACCAUUAUGCUACACAAGCGCUUGUGCGAGCUGGUUGGAUUUUAGGAUCGCUUGAAAUUAUUGGUAACCCAACAGGUUUAAUACAUAAUGUUGGAAGAGGUGUAUCAGACUUCUUCGUGCUUCCUUACAAUGGUCUAAUACGAGGACCUACUGCAUUUGUUUCUGGUAUUGGUCAUGGAAUGUCAUCCUUUCUGAAACAUAUAUCUACUGGUGCGUUGACAUCCAUCAAUAACGUAUCUUCAAGCAUAUCGCGAAACAUGGACAGACUGUGUUUUGACGAAAUGCAUUUGCAAAUGCAAGAGGAGAGAAGAGCUGUAACAUCAACAAGAAUACUCACAGGAUUUCAAAAUGCUUUUGGCACUCUUGGAAUUAGUUUGCUUGGUGCUGUGGCUGGUAUCGCUGAUCACCCAAUCCAGAAUUUUUUGGAAGCGAACAAUGCGUCAGAAGCUAUUUCAGGUGUUAUGACUGGUAUGGCGAAAGGCAUGAUUGGUAUGGUGACAAAACCAAUUGGUGGGGCGAUGGAAUUCAUAUCACAGGCCAGUCAAGGCAUUCUACAAGGUGCUGGUUUAGUGAAGAUUCCAGAAAGAGUGUUCCUUAUGCAGCUGGAUUCAGCCGAAAAUUUGGGGAGGAAAGAAAGCCAAAUGAAAUUUCUGUGGCAAUAUUUGCAUUUGGACUCUUGCAGAAAUAUAUUCAUCGUAUCCAAUUGCACAAUUCAAUCGAAUGAAAAUGUGAAAACAAAUGCUGUUAGGGAGGAUAGAAAUAUUGGAAGUAAUGAAGAUAAACAUUCAAUCUAUCAGGGUGUUCUAAUUUUAACCGAAACAGCCUUGUUUGUGUAUAGUGUAAAUGUAGGUGAAAUCACCAGUGCUUUCCCUUUAAAAGAAGUUGAACUAGUGCCGUUACGUUCAAACGAUUCCUAUGCACUUCAAAUUUAUAAACGAACAGUAGAGGAGAAAUGUGGUUUUCAUCGUUCGGUAUCGUUAGAUGAAAAUCCAAACUUUCGACAGUUCUUCGAAAGUUUUCAAAAGGCAUCGGCUACAAGUUUGACAGAAACGAUGUGUGAUAAUUUAUCUAAUGCGAUUCUUGAAGUCAAGAUAAAACCAUUGUAUGGGAAACUUCUGUUGACUUUAUAUGAAGCGAAUAAAACGUCGCUGCAGGAAGAGGAUUUUAUGUUGGAUACUAUUGACUUGUGAUUUAGUGAUAGGGAAUAAUUAAUUCUAUUUGUUCUUUUUAAGUAAAAAAAAUAAACAUUUAAAGAAUUAUAUUUGUAUGAAAAUAUAGAAAAUAACUGUUUAAAAUUACCUUAAAGGGAAUUAAUUUUGGCGAAUUUUUGUUUUUUUCUUUUUGGAAAACCAUUCACACUAUUUUUUGACUUCUGAUAUACUCAGCACAUAAUAAAUAUGUCAAUUUUGACUUUAUCUCUCUAGUUCUCAAGAAAUAUUAGGACUGACUAACUUCGCGAAAAUUAAAUUCCUUUAAGAUAAUUUUAAUUGCGAAAAAAUAUUUAUCUGCAUAACUUAUUUUUGCAACAUGUAAUAUUAUUAUAAAUGUGAUUCACUGUUGUUGUUUUGUUCAAUUUUUCAUUUUUUGUUCAGACUAUGAUAUUUGUGAUUCAAUAUUGUUUAUUUUUCUUGAAAGAAAUUAGUUAACUUCUAAUAUUUUUCUGAGCUAAAAAGAAUCGUAUUAUAUGUUUUCAUCUUGUUUUAUAGAUAACUUUGUUAUAGAAACAAGUAUUGUGACACCUUAUUUAUUAUGUAUUUUUAUGUCUUUGUAAAUAAAUCAAUUGCAUUUUU